AUGGCAGAAGUGGAAAGCAGAGAAUGGUACUUGGCUGCUUAUGCAGCUGAAGGCGUUCCAACUUCUGAUCAUCUCAAACUCCGUACGGUCACACUCUCACUAUCCCCUGAUUCCAUUCCCGAACAACAUGUCAUUCUUGAGACCCUCUUCAUCUCCAUCGAGCCAUAUUUACGGAGCAGCAUCACUGGCCGGGAAGAUGGGCUAUGCAUCCCUCAGUUCAACCUUGACCAGGUAAUUACAGCAUUUGGGGUUGGAAGGGUAAUUCGGUCAAAAGAUGGGGUGCCGGGGUUUGCAGCAUGGGUGGGAAUUGAGUUGCUGGCAGACCCAAAACCAGGAUCCAAUGUGUUCAUUUCAGCUGCUGCUGGGGCUGUUGGAAUGUAUGCUGGACAGUUGGCCAAGCUAAGAGGAUGCAGGGUCAUCGGAAGCACCGGAUCAGAUGAGAAGGUGAGGCUAAUCAAGGAGGAAUUUGGAUAUGAUGAUGCUUUUAACUACCACACAGAGACGGAUUUUGAUGCUGCUUUAAGCAAGUAUUUCCCUAAUGGAAUUGAUGUCUACCUUGACAAUGUUGGCGGUGAAAUGCUUGAGGCUGCUCUUAACCAUGUCAACAAGCAUGCAAAGAUCCCUCUUUGUGGCAUGAUAUCUGGCUACAAUAAGGUUUGGACUGAGAGAGAGGGGGUGAGGAAUCUGCUGAAUUUAAUCGGAAAGGAGGUGAAUAUGCAAGGGUUCUUGGUGGGUUCAUACCUGCAUCGUUAUGGAGAUUUUGCAACCGAGAUGGAGAGCCACGUAAAGCAAGGCAAGAUUGGUUAUUCUAAGCUCAAAAUCUUCCAUGGAAUUGAAAUAUUAUUGGAGAGCCUAGGAUCCCUUUUCACCAGCUCUAAUGUUGGGAAAGUAGUAAUCCAAGCCAAGUGAUUUUAUUGAGUUGAAGUAAAUCUAUGUUAAGGGCAUUAUUAAUGCUUCAUGAAAAAGAUUUUUUGUUUGGGAAAUUGAA